GGCGCGCCCGUCUACCUGGCGGCCGUGCUCGAGUACCUGACGGCCGAGAUCCUGGAGCUGGCGGGCAACGCGGCCCGCGACAACAAGAAGACGCGCAUCAUCCCCCGCCACCUGCAGCUCGCCAUCCGCAACGACGAGGAGCUCAACAAGCUGCUGGGCAAGGUGACGAUCGCGCAGGGCGGCGUGCUGCCCAACAUCCAGGCCGUGCUGCUGCCCAAGAAGACCGACAGCCACAAGGCUAAAGCCAAGUAAAUAUUUCUGAAGAGUAAUCAAGAAACAA